UGGAGAACAGCGUGACACCAUGACAAUAAAUAAAGGGUCUCACAGCAGGAUGAAAGUGACAGAAGUAGAGGAGUUUUUGAGAAAACCUCCAACAGGUUUCUGUGUGGAGGCUCUCAGCUCAUGUUACCGAGUCCACAGCGACCCAGAGGAGAGCCUGGUGCUCGUUGAUGACUUCGACUUUUGUAGAAGGAAAAUAGUUUUCCAGAACUCGCUGGGAAGGAAAGUUAAAAUGCACAAUUUAUGGGAAUACACGAGCAUGAGAAACAGCCUGUUGUCCAAGAGGAUCUAUCUGCUGAUGUCUGCCUGUGAAGAAAAAUUUUCAGUGACCCACAAAAAGGCCGCCAAUCAAGCCAGAGUGCUGAAGCAGUACGUAGUGUCCAUCAAUGGCAAUGACCCGUUCAUAAAGUGGCAGAUUGAGAGAGGCCUGGACUGGACCAUCUCUUCAGUUGCUGGAGAGAGCUACAGGGUGGACAUUGACUUGACUGCAGCACUGGAGGGCUGGGCAACAGAAAACACCCACAUCAUAACUAACAAGAUAAUAAAAGUCAACCCUGCCUGGAGAAAUGCCUCCUUCACCCUCAAAUACUAUUCCGAUGCCCUCUUUGACUUCCCACACUGGUUUGGUUUCAGCAAAAGAAAGUUUAAGGUAGUUGUCUAAAAUUCGGUUUAAC